GGGGCGUGGCUUGACAGCUUCAGCGACCCGUCUGGACCAAUCCCGACCCGGGCGGCGAAGCUCACUCCCCUACCUGGGCCAGGUGCGCCAGCCUCGGCGUCUCUCCUUUGCUCUGCGCGUCGCAUGGAGGGCUCCGGGGAGGCGUCGUGGGGAGACCAAACCCGGACUCAGUUCCCAAUGGAGCCCUUGGAAAGCCAGGUCCCGAAGCUGGAGCCGAAGCAGGUUCUCGCGGAGGAAAGACAGCCUGAGAGUCCUGGGAGCAGCCCGAGUCUGGCUUCCGCCGUGAAGGAAGCGGCGGGCGCGAGCCAGGACCUGUCUAGCGGAAAGAAGCUGCCCUCGCCUCGCCCGGCGCCCCUGAAGUUGCUGCCACUCAGCCUGGGCUACGGCGCCUUCCGCCGCCAAGCGUCGUCCGGCUCGGAGCCGCCGUCGCCCGGCCCCGCUGCGACCGAACAGUCCCGGGACGGCGAGACACCGGGGGCCGAACUGGCGCCUAGGGCCACGCCGGGUGAGCCGGCUCCAGGCUCCUGGGCCCCCAUGGAACUGCAGGUGGACGUGCGCGUGAAGCCCGUGGGCGCGGCUGGCGGCAGCCGUGCGCCCUCGCCAGCGCCCUCCACGCGCUUCCUCACCGUCCCUGUGCCGGAGUCCCCCGCCUUCUCCCGCCACGCCUCCCCAGCGCAGCUGCUCCUGCGGCAGACCCCGUCCCCGGGCAGCACGUGGGGCCGUGGCGUGCCGCUGGCCGUAGGCCGGGCGGAGCGCGGCCUUGACGGAGAGGGCUGGGCCAGCCACCCCGAAGGGCGUGCGGAGUCCCCGGGCUCCCCGACCUGCCGCUGCCGCUGCAAGGAGGAUGCCGUGCUGCUGCCUCGCGCCGAGGGGGACGGCGAUAAGAAGCUGUCCCGGGUCAUAAAGCUCAUAGGGCUGCCCAUGUACAUGAAGUCGCUGCGAUGGGCCCUGGCCGUCAUGGCCCUGCUCCUGGCAUUGUCCUCGGUGGCCAUUGUGGCCCUGGCUUCCAAAGCAGGAGCCAGAUGCCGGCCCUGCCCUCGAGGCUGGGUGUGGUCCGAUGACCACUGCUACUACUUCUCUGCCGAAUUGCAGGCCUGGGAGGCCAGCCGGGCCUUCUGCUCAGCCCACCACGCCACUCUUCCCCUGCUGAACCAUACCCAGGGCUUCCUGAGCAGAUACCCAGUCACCAAGUACUCCUGGGUAGGGGCCCGGCGAGGGCCCCGGGGCUGGCACUGGAUCGAUGGGACCCCCCUGCUGCCCCAGCUGCUCCCAGAGGAAAACCAGGAUGAGCCGGAUCUUGACUGCGGGGGCCUGGAGGGAGGCAAGCUGGUGGCUUCAGACUGUGCCUCCCCCAGGCCCUGGGUCUGUGCCAAGGGGACCAAGUGACUUGGGUUCUGCCCCCGCUGAGCCGGUUGGGGGCACCAGCCCCCAGGGGAGACCAGAUCAAGAGCUGGAGCAGCCUGUUCCCCAGACCCAGGCC